AUGGCCGCCUUGCAAAAAGCCCUCACGCGUUUCGUGCUGGAUCCGGCUCAUCACGAUGUGCUGGCCAUCGUGAAGGGUGCUAGGAAUGGUCUGGUGUACGGGGCCAAGAUCCGGUUUCCACACGCCCUUGUCAUGGUUACACUGUUUGGCAGUGGCAAUGUGCAGCAGCGAUGGAGGAAGAUUAUCACAGCUACACGACAGCAUGCCGUGCGCCUGGCGAAGUAUGUGGCCAUAUACAAGACGUCUCUCAUGAUUCUCCGUGACCUGUUCCACGAGGGCAAGCAGCACUCGGUCGAUCCGUUCAUUGCCGGCAUGUUGGGCGGAUGGUACAUGUUCGGCGACCGCACGCCCGUGAACGAGCAGAUUGUCCUGUACUGUGUUUCGCGCUGCAUAGCGGCUCUCUUGCCACGAGCCAAAGUGCCGAAAGACUACCCGAAGAACAGGGUCCUGCCCAUCGACAACACCGCCCACCAGGUGUUUGCUGCGCUGACGUGGGGUGCCGUCAUGUGGCUAUUCGUGAACGAGCGCAGGCGCUUGAACGGUGGUCUGGUGAACAGCAUGGAUUGUGCGUAG